UGUCACGCGGGAGACCGGGGUUCGAUUCCCCGCCGGGGAGACUUUUUUUAAUUAAAUUUUAACUAUUUUACUUAAGAUAAUAAUAAAACAACCCAACAGUGAUUCUCCACAAUCUCGAAUUUAAUGCGUAUUAUUGUUGCCCCUCAAAAAAUUAAACGUCACGUCACAUCACUCCACACAUAACCACAAUCUGUCACAUGGUUUGGAACCUUAGAAAAUUUUAAAAUUCAGCCACAAAUAAAGUAAUGACUGUUUUUCACGACGAAAUAGAAAUCGAGGAUUUCGAAUACGACGAAGAGGAAGAAGUUUACUAUUACCCUUGCCUAUGCGACGAUAGGUUCCAAAUAUCCAAAGAAGAAUUGCUCGCGGGCGAAGAAGUAGCGAAUUGUCUGAGCUGUUCCUUGGUGGUUAAAGUAAUUUACGACAAGGAGACGUUUCAGGAGCAAAAUGAAGUCAAAAAACUAACCGAAGAUUUGAAAAAAUUAGAAGUGACUAAAUAAAAUGAGCGGUCGAGGCGGGCGAGGGGGCCGCGGCGGUCGCGGGGGGAUCAGUAAAUCAUUCAAUAGGGAGCAAUUGAGUGCUAUGGGGGUUGUCGGUAACGAGGUUUUGCCGGGACCUGUCACGCAACCGCCCCCUCUUUACCCGAUUUUAGACCGGAGCUCGAUUCCAUCGCCACAAUUGUGCAUACAACUAAAAUAAUCUCAAAACUGGACCAAUUCAACUAAAUAUUGCACCAACAAACACAAAUCAAUAGGAAAAAUACAACUAAUUGACAUACUUUGGCCAUUCCUACUUAGUAAAAUACACAUCAAUUCUACUAACACAAUAAAUUAGACAUCACAUUGUUAAUAAAAUUAUAACUAAAAACCAAA